AUGGCUACCUCUUUUACCUACGACAACUUCCCUAACGUGUGGGACGACAUUCUCGCCGAGACCACUUGGGAGGCAAAACUCACCCUCCGCCGUGUAUCAAAGACGCUCCGCGAUGUCAUCGACCGACAACUUGUCAAGCACAUCGUCCUCGACCAUGGUGGACUCGAAGCCGUCGACGUAAUUGCUCCCAAACACCGCAUACCAGGCUGCUUUGAGCUGUGCCCGAAGUCCUGGGAGGAGCAGCAAUGGCCACGGACGCCCUCGCCAGAUCUCAUGAAGCACGUCCGUGUCAUCGACAUCCGAGGGUUCAUCAUUCCCUGUGUCGAUAUGACGCAGCUCGCUCCCCUGUUCCCAAAUCUCGAUGUUCUACGGAUAACGACCGGCAUCAAGUACCACCACGACACGUACACGCCAUAUCUCCCUUUCGCGGCUGAGAAGCUCGUGCUCUUCAUGAACGAGACGGGCUUGGAGGGAGUAUUUGAACACUGGUGGUUCCAAGACGAGGACGAAGGUCAUCCUUGGCCGAUACCUGAGGACAAUCAAGAUGAAGCUGAUGACCAUGAUGCUGGCGAGCAUGUUGAUGAAGAUUACGAGUAUCACGACCACCACGACCACCAUCAGAACGGGGAACACAUCGAGGAAGAAGGCGACGACUGGGGCGAGGAUGAAGACUGGGAUUCCGACUGGGAUGAGCCACCGAAAGGUCGCCCGCUUGUUCCUCCCAAGGCAAUUCUUCAUGCCCUGCCCGAGACAUACCGCAAGAUUGUGUUGAACAUGAACGGGCUCGUGCAACCUAUCGCCCCGAUGUACCCGUACCUGCUCGACCUUCCACCACAUGUCGAAGAGCUGGUCAUCGUUGUGCCCCAGUUCAAGCGUGUGACGGACGAGGGAACGAUCCCGCGGAACCGCUCUUCACUGGGCUCUCCCGAGAUCGCAUUCCCGAUGAACAUCCUCGAUCUACUAGGGACGCUAGGGAAGAACGACCUCCGAGUCACCAUCGUCGGCUUCGAGCGGGCCGGCGAGAGGUGCGUGCGCCAGUUCCGCGAAACUCUGUACUCGCAAGUCACGACGACACUCUACUUCGACGUAGACUAUGCCAUCGAUGACGAGAUCACGCUCUCGAUGCCCAGUCAGGCACGCGAGUUCGCACUUCGGGAUGUCCAGCAGGCGAGGCACGUGCGUGUCGUCAUGGAUAGCGAGGAGAGCGAGGAGGACGAUGCCGAGAGCGACCCCGGCAGCCCAAGACCGCGAGUCAAGCGGAUUCGUCUUGUUCAUGACCCAACGCCGAAGGAAGAACCGCCUCUCAUGUCCCUGAAGAAGAAGGUCGAUGGAAUCAUGCGCCGCGUCGAACUCAUCACUAUGCCGCAGUACAUCAAGCGCGUGGGGUUGGAGACGGCCGCGCUCGAAGUCGAGGAGUAUGGAAGAUCGGAAGACUAUCGGACACUCGAGCGUAGACGACUUGGGAUUGAGGAAGAGUGGAUAGACAAAGGAACCCGGGAGGAUCUAAGGGCCGUAGAGAGGGAAAUGGACCAUCUCGUCGACUUCUGGAAUCAGAGUGGUGGUGCACCGGAAGCGGGGCCCGAACCACCAAGUGAGAUGACGAGUCCGCAACACAGUCUCUCAAACUAG